AUGGCCGAUAUCAAGUGGACAGAUCUCUCCACCCCGGACCCGGAGUUCCAAGCCUUCCUAGACUCAGUCGGCGGCAAGCUCCCCAGCCUCUCGGACGCGGGGUCCGCCCCGCCGCCCAUGGCCGCCCUGCGCGCCACCAUCGCCUCCGCCGACAAGCCGGUCGUGCCGGGCGUGACGGCGCCGGCGACCAUGGACGGCGUCGAGAAGAGCCGCAUCACCAUCCCUGUGCGCGACGGCGCGAGCAUCGCGGCCGCGCUGUACCGCCCUGUGCAGAAGCCGGAGGCGGGAAGCCCGUUGGUCGUGGCGUUUCAUGGCGGUGGGUGGUGUUUGGGCGUGCCGGAGAUGGAGGAGGUUAAUUGCGUCAACGCCGUGCAGAAAUACGGCGCCGUCGCUAUCAGCGUCGACUACCGUCUCGCGCCCGAGCAUCCCUUCCCGACCGCUAUCAACGACUCCUGGGACGCUCUGAAAUGGAUCGCGACCAACGCCACCAGCCCGGCCAUCAACGCCGACCCAGCCACCGCUGGCUUCAUCGUGCACGGCGAGUCGGCGGGCGGCAACAUCGCCGUCGUGCUGGCGCUGCUGGCCCGCGACGAGGGCGGCCUCUCGCCGCCGCUGACGGGCGUCUCGGCAUCCAUCCCGGCUGUGCUGGCCGCCGAGGUCGUGCCCGAGCGGUUCAAGGAGGAGUAUAAGAGUUGCGAGCAGAAUAAGAACGCGCCCGGACUGGAUGCGGGGGCGUUGGGGUUUUUUGUUGCGAACUAUAACCCGGAUAAGUCGUCGCCGCUGUUCAGCCCGUUCAAUUGGCCCACGGGGCACAAGGGGCUUCCGCCGUUCUUCAUCCAGGCUUGUGGAUUGGACCCCCUGCGCGAUGACGCGCUGCUGUUCGAGCGGCUGCUGCGGACUGAGGCCGGCGUCAAGACGAAGCUCGUCGUGUAUCCCGGCUUGCCGCACUCGUUCUGGGGCUUCUUCCCGCACUUGGAAGCGUCGAGGAAGGCGGUUGGAAAGGUUGUGGAGGGUUUCGGGUGGCUGUUGGGGAAGGCGUAG